CAGCCACCCAAGUGUUUUUUCCCCCGCGUUUCUGUCUGACUGGGUGUGUCUCUGCUCUGUAACAUGAGAGCCACAUGACCAAUAGGAAGACAAGCAGUCCUGAAGUUAGUCUAUUUCUUCCGCAAACUUUUUAAGUUUUUGCUGUGUUGUAAGAGGAGCAAGGGGGCAGGCCACAGAACAACAACUCUGAAACACAACUAAUCAGCCCCAGAGACUUCUGCAAGGAUGGCAAACAAGCUACAGCAGCUUGUCGCAGAGAAGAAGAAUGUGGUGGAGACAGUCAUGGAAGUGUUUGAACAGGGAGCUGAAGUGGUGGCCAGUAUCGCCGGUGACCUUUUCCCUGUUUUCUCCAUUGCUGCUCCAAUUGUUAAACUGGCCCUGGACAACGUAGAAAGCAAUGAAGCUGUAUUCAUGAAGGAACAGUUUCAGAAAGUGCGGGACCGUCUGGAGGUGGUCUCAGAGGAGAUUCAGAGGAUCAACGACGAGAUCAAGAAGAGUGGAUUGGAUGCUGUAUAUUUCCCAUUAGAAGAGAACAUCACUAACCAGUUUAGGAAAUACAUGGACAUCCUUAAUGCCAAACCCAAGUUCCGGGAGGUCAAGAAGAAGCUUUUCCUGGAGCAUUUUGCCAAAACCGGUGGCGACAAAAACCUGCACACCCUGUACAAUGCCGUGACUGGAGAUAACAUCUCUGGCGAAUCUGUACUCGAGAUCACCCUGAACUACGAGGAGAAAAGUCGCCGGCCGGUGGAGGACUUCUGUGCCAGGCUGAAGAAGCUCUUCUGUAUCGGGCUCAUAGCGCUGUUGGGCCAUGCUGCUCUGAAGGGAUAUGAUGAAGAGGAUGAGCUUCUGAAAGAGUGGAGUGAGAAGAUGAAGGUUGUCCAGGAUAAAGUGAAUGCUGUCAUCGAAGACUGCAUUGUCAGCUUCCCUAAACAAGCUGAGGUGGAUUCCUGUCGACUGGUGAGAGACCAUUCGCACUUAACCAACCAGCAGCUUGCUGAUGCUCUCAUAGAGAACUUAAAGAAGAAGUAUGACUGGGUGGGCUGGUCAGUCCGCAUAUUCAAGUCCCCUUCAGGCCUGUUCGCCAACAAGAAGGAUUACCACUGCUCGACAGGGAGGAGUCGUUUCCAGGUCCCUUCAUCAGAUGAGAAACUUAAUGUCUGGGUGUCCUACAGCUCCUCGCCUGAGCCUGUGGAUAAAAAUCUCAUCCAGCAGCUGAUCCAGGGUCAGAAGAAACCCACGGUGGUGGGUGUAGCUGAGCUCCUCUUUAAGGAGUUGCCUGGCGACUGCGUCGUCCACACAAUCAAGCCCAGCAAAGACCUGGUCUGCUCUCAGAGCUUCACAGAUGAGCUCCACUACUGGGAGGACCACAAAAACUUCUACGUCUGUGUUCACUCGGCUUGAAGUCGAAGACACUGAACAAAACUCUCAAAAACCACUCAUUCUAUGUUUGUACGUUACUUCAUAGUUACAGGGAUAAUCAGAGUCUCAUGCUGCCUCUCUGCUUGGCCUUAGCGAUGAAAUAUUACACAACAUCUGCCUUAAUUUCACCUCUAAUCGUUUUUAAUGAAUUAUUCUCUUUUUCUAUGAAUGUUUACACUCUCUUGCAGACAUAGAGGUGCAUCAAGUCAGAUUUAUUUAUAUAUCCCAAUGUCCCAAAUUUGCUUGAUGGGGCUUUUCAGUCUGUACAGCAUAGGACACCGUCAGUCCUUUAACCCUAAAUUUUGAUAAGGAAAAAAAGGAAGAAACUCCAGGAAGAACAGCAGACAGGUUUACAGUAGAUGUCAUAUGUGCACCCCUUUAUUGAGGCUGUGUUAUAGCCCAGAGUCUCUUUUUGUUAUGAAAAUGUAGUAACAUGUUUUAACAUCAUUAUCUGCAAGUAAACAGUUGCAGAAAAACAGUGGGAAUAAGAUCUAUAAUUGUAUUUUCUCCUGAUGUUUUGUUACAUGCUGGGAAAGCUUCAUUUAGACUCAGGCUGUUAUACAGAGAUUAUGUUUUGCUGAUAGCGAUGAGAAGCGACCUCGCUCUGUUGAGGACAGAUCCACCAAAGUCGUGAGAGAAAAUCCAAACAUGUACAGAGACUGUAACAGAAGCGUUCAUUUUCACUUUUUGUACUCAUCGGACAGAAACAGUAAAUCUUGAUACAAACAGCUUAAAUCAAGCGCGAGAGACGAGACCUCAGACAACAUCUGCUGCCGUGAACUUUAUUUACACACCCUGCCACAUGUGGAGGCGUAGCGACGGCGACGCUUUGUUUACAUACACAUUCCUGGCAUAGCGAUUCCUGUGUCACAUCUUUACCUGUGUGGUUAUGCAACACAAACUGGAAAGCUGUUCCUACUCUCAGCCCUCAGCAUCACUUACUUUGUACUUAUAUGUAGAAGAUUUAAUUUGAAAUAAGAAUAAACUAAUAAUAAAUAAUUUUUGGCUAUGUUAAUCUUUCUUUUGGCAUCUUUACGUUUCGUUUUGAAGAGAUUUUGAUCACAUUUGGUCAAUCCGACCAUGAAACCGACACUACAUUGUGAGAACUAAAAUACAUGGAUGCUACAGAAGGAUCCUGUCAGUAGGCUACUGAGCUGUUUUGAUUAUUUUAGAUAUUUUGUGUGUUAUUGCACACCACGAUAAUCUGUGUGUUUGCUCUUUGUUUGUGUAUUGUUUAUAUGCCAUUACAUAAGUUUAAUAAUUUUUGCGCAUUCUAUCAUUUCUCCAAAACAUACCCCAUAUAUUCUGUAUAAUUAUGUUGCAUUCCUGUGUCAUAUUAUUUGUAUUUCCAUAUGGUAUAUUUGGGCUGUCAGUGUCUCAAAAUCCUGUUGGUACCACAAAGCAAUGAAUGUAAUAAAUCUUUCAAAUAAACUCCAUCUUACAUCA